AUGUUCAUGAACUUCAAGCUGGUGGCUUCCGACUUGCAUGAGAGGCAUGCCCGGUUUCUGACUCCUGCAGUGCGUUAUGUUCCAGAGGAAUCAGAAGCUCCGAACAAAGCCUCUUCCGAGUUAGAAGUGAGCACGCAACGUUUUAACAUACCGGACCAGGUGGUAGACGACUGUUUGAUUGAGGACGAGCCGUCGAGACACGUCGAUUAUCUCUCCCAUGAGUGGAAGGAGGCGGAUAUUUGGGCUUCUUGGCGUUAUAUGGCCGCCAGAAAGAAAGCGUUCGAUAAGGGUGUCAGGCUUGAAAAUGCUCUCUGGAGGACUUGGGCAAAAUUGAAGUUCAAUCUCGGUAUAGUCUCGCCCAAAACACUUAAUUGGUUGAAAGAAUCUGAUGUGACAUGGCUGUAUGGUCCAUUUAAAACAUUAGGAACCCCAAGGAUGUCUGAAGCCUCACCACUUCCAAGCGUCCUGACAUGCCAGCCUCCAACGGACAGAAAGCCAAUACUGAAGAAGAGAACUCUCUCUGAAGCUAUUCCAAACAACCCCUUUGCAGCAGACUUUACUAUAUCUAGGCCAAGUCUGAAGGCACAGAAAACAGAUAAUGACCGUAAUCGUACAUCAUUUAACUGUCACAAGUCAAACCUUGGGGAGAUCCUGAGUCAAGUUUCUGAUGUUUCCCCGCAAACUCCUUUUAAUGGCAGCCUGGCCAGUACGUCAUCUGCUGGUUUCGGCUCACCUAGGCACCACGUCCGUUUUAACAACGAGGUGGCGCAGUGCGUUGCAGUCAAAGCAAACAGUGAUGAGGAAGACGAAUCGCCGACUACUUUUGAAAAUGACUCGUCCCCCGGGGAUGGCGUUGUUAUGACCGGACAGCAUAUUACACACAUCUACUCCUGCGAUAAGAAUUCUACUUCUCGGAAUGGCAUUAGCAGUAGAAAAAACACAAUUGCUCUGCUUCCUUCCACCACCCUCAAUUUCCAAGGAGACAGUCCAGAGCCCCAAGCACGUUCUGCAUGGAGUCGUGGGUUUGGUUAA